AUGUCUGAAAUAGCUGGUUGGCAACUUCAAUGUUCUAACACAACUUGCUUACCAUUUGCCACUAUCACUGUGUCGGAUACCCGCCAGUGUCAUAUAGCUUGUUUAGCUCAAGUCUAUUGUAAAGCACUUACUUUUCAUAAAUCAUCGUCUAAUUGUGAAUUAUUUGCUGAUAUAUCAAAUCAAAAUAGCAAUCUGGUGGUCAAUAUGGACACUAUUACUAUGAUUGUUACGGAUGGAACACGAAUUCCACUCGGACCGACUACGACAUCAACAACAACAUCAUCGUCGACUUCAUCAUCAACAUCAUCCACAUCGGCAACAACAUCAACAACAACAUCAACCACUUCAUCAUCAACAUCAUCCACAUCGGCAACUUCAACAACAACAUCAUCAUCAUCUACAUCAUCCGCGUCAUCAACAACAUCAACAACAACAACCACUACUUCAUCAUCAACAUCAACGUCAUCGUCAACAUCAUCCACAUCGUUAUCGACAUCAACAACAACAGCAACUACUACUACUACUUCAUCAUCAACAUCGUCAACGACAUCAUCAACAUCAUCAACAUCAUCAACAUCGUCAACGUUAUCAUCAACAUCAUCAACAUCGUCAACAUCGUCAACGUCAUCAUCAACAUCAUCCACAUCGUCAACAACAACAUCAACCACAUCAUCAUCGUCAACAUCAUCAUCCACAUCAUCAACAUCAUCAACAACAACAUCAACUACAUCAUCAACAACAACUUCAAAAACAUCCACCACAUCAUCAACAACAACUUCAACAACAACAACAACAUCAUCAACAACAACUUCAACAACAACAACAACAACAACAACAACAACAACAACAACAUCAUCAACAACUACUUCAACAACAACAACAACAUCAUCAACAACAACAACAACAACAUCAUCAACAACAACAACAACAGCAGCAGCAAUACAGCGUCAGUACUGUGUUAAAUUAUUUGUAGUCACUCAAAGGAUGAUUAAUAGAAGUGACGAUAUUUGA